CCCACAGAAGUCCGUCCGGUGGUUCGGUCCGGUCUGGCCUACCAGACCUGCUAGAGAGCUCAGUCCGCCGCCGCUCAGCUGCGCUCCCGGCGCCGCCUCCUCCCAGCCUGCCGGAGGCUGCGGGGCUUCUGUGGGUGGGGGAAGGCUGGACUGACGCAGACUGUCAGUGCUUUUGGACUCCUGCUUAGAUGGUCUGUGUUCACGUGAGCAAAAUGCAGUCCCUGCCCUCCAGAAGAAGGGAAGAAAGGAAGAAAAAGACACAGUGAAACCAGAUGUGAUAAAAGCAGAGAAAGAGGUGCUCCAAAAAAGGCUUGAGAGUCAACUAGUGUCUACAAGUUGCCAUGGCCAGCCAAAACAAGCAUCCUAAGUGAAAAGAUGACAAUGGCAACACGACAAGAAGUUCUUGGCCUCUACCGCAGAAUUUUCAGGCUUGAGAGGAAAUGGCAGGCUGCAUCAGGGCAGAUGGAAGACACCAUUAAAGAAAAACAGUACAUAUUAAAUGAAGCCAGAACGCUGUUCCAAAAAAACAAAAAUCUCACAGACACAGACCUGAUUAAACAGUGUAUAGAUGAAUGCACAGCCAGGAUUGAAAUUGGACUACAUUACCAGAUUCCUUAUCCAAGGCCAAUUCAUCUGCCUCCGAUGGGCCUUACCCCACUACGAGGCCGGGGACUUCGAAGCCAGGAGAAACUGAGGAAAUUUUCCAAACCGAUAUAUCUCAAAUCUCAUGAUGAAGUUUCCUAACUCAGAAUAAAGUUGUUUUUUUCUGAGAAUGAUGAGCCAACUAAGCCUUGAAUAUAAACCAGUUAACAGUUCUUGAUUAGGAGCAAAAAUCCAAUUAUCUUCUUAAAAACUCUGAAAUAUUGGUACUGUCCGAAUGAUGUGUGUUCACACAUCACUACAGUUUUUGAGGAUCUUGCUGCCUGACGAGACAAACACUAACCUUAGAGGUUAUGGACCUUAUAUCCUCACUGAAGCACCACUUGGAAACAAAACUAAGGCCUGUGGGCAGAAGACUGAAGGGUGACAGAAGCUUUCAAGGGAACGCCAAUCACCAGAUAUGCCAGCUGAUAUGAAGAAAUUAGCCAGUUGAUGGAAGUUCUCAUGGCUACUUUAGGAUUAUACACUACCCUUCAGAAUAUUUUUAGGCCUUUUUUUUUUCCAAGUUAUAGAUUUACUUAAAAGUGGACUUUUUUGUGUGUGUUUUGUUGUCUUUUGGAACUUACCAUUUUCAGAUAAAAUUCCCUUAAAAAGUGCA